UAUCAGUAUGCAGCUCUUCGAUGUCUGUAUGUUGCUUCUUUGAUCCAAACUCUGGAUCUUAUAUAGAUCUGAUCUUUGUGCAGCACUGGGUGCAAAGGGGAUACAUUCUAACUGUUGAAUGAUUUAUAGGUUUCUUGUUUUUAAAUCAUCCUGUGAUUAAGGAGAAUGAUAAAUGCUUUCAAGUUUAACCUUGUUAGUUUUUUACACUGAAUUUCUGCUUUCCUGUCAACAGGGAAAGAUAACUCUGCUUUUAAGUUUUUACAAGGGCCUGAUUUAUACAUUGCCUGACAGGGACUAUAUGUAGCUUAUAUUCUUUUUAGGCAAUCUGUGUGUGGCCUAUCUUUUUUUAGCGAAUAUUGCUCAGUACAGCUGCAAAGUUCAUUGGAAAUUGCUAUCCAAUUUGAAAAUCUCAUCUGAUCCCAGGUCCCACCAGUCAUCCUCACAUAAUGAUGUUUUCCAAUUUUAUCUCUUUAUGAUGUCACUGAAUUGUCUUCUCCUUUCAACUUCUUAUUACAUAGGUGUGUGGCAUAUCUAUUGAGAACAUUGCCCACUUUGCUAUAUCUAUUAAGAACAUUCAUCAAAUAUCUCAGAUUGGUUUUGUAGAUGCAUUUGUCAGCAGUUUUGCCUUCACCAGUCAUUAGUACACUUAGGAUGCUUUUCUCUCCGGAAAUAUCAGUCAUGUGUAUGAUACUCUCGUAGUUUGAGUUGUGACCACUUCCUUUUUGUUUGUUUGUAUGUGAGAGCAUAAUGUGGUGUAGCUGUCAACAUUGUUGAUAUCAAUUUCUAAGCAAGCAAAAUAUGCCUUCAUUGUUUUCAUCAUUGCAUAGUGGUAUAUUUAUAGCUACUAAGAUUGUCUUGUUUUUAUGUCUGGUGGAAAGUUACCUUCUGAUUAAGCUGACGUUAGACUAGCCUGAGAAAUUUAUGUAAAUCAUCUGAGAUGCUACAAGAUGUAUCUUGCUAUUUCAACUAAGCAAAGGGCGACAGCACUUUGUUGGUGCCAAAACAUCAAGCCAUUGAAUUGGUCCACUUAUUAUAUCAACAGGAUACCAGGAGUUAACAGAGGACAAAGGGAUAGAUGGCGACUGCCCAGAAAAGUGCUUUCUAUGUUGCCUUGGUGUGCGCUUGCUUCCUUCUGAACCAUGCAUGUGACCAUGAUAGUUUGAGAUUUGGUUACAGUGGGAGUACUGGUCCAAACUAUUGGGGGAGCUUAAGCCCUAAUUUCACACUUUGCUCAAAAGGAAUCAACCAAUCUCCGAUUGACAUUGUGAAACACGAAGCCGUCUACAACCCACAGCUGGAGCCGCUUGAAAGGGAUUAUACUGCUACAAAUGCAACUAUUGUUGACAAUGUCUUCAACAUUGCGCUGCGUUACAAUGACACUGCUGAGACCGUGAAGGUGGGUGGGAUAAAGUAUAAGCUGAAGCAAUUGCAUUGGCAUUCACCCUCAGAGCACACCAUCAAUGGCGAAAGGUUUGCAAUGGAGCUCCACAUGGUUCACUUCACUGAAGACGGCAACAUUACUGUUAUUGCAAUCCUUUAUCGAUAUGGCAAACCAGACCCUUUCCUUUUCCAGAUAAAGGAGCAGCUGGCUGAAUUACAUGCGGAGGGCUGCAAGGCUGAGAAAGGCGAUCCUUUCCCUGUUGGAGUGGUGGACAUGACAGAACUGAAGCAGGGUGGAGAUAGAUACUACAGAUAUGUUGGAUCCCUCUCUGCACCUCCAUGCAUCGAGAAUGUGAUCUGGAACGUCCUUGCUGAGGUAAGAGAAAUGAGCAAGGAACAAGCUGCUGAUCUGAUGGCCCCUUUGGAGGGGAGUUACAGGCACAACUCCAGACCCUUACAGCCACUGAAUGGUCGCAUGGUUCAGCUCUAUGACAAGUCUCUGAAAAUCCGAAAAGUGAUGUAGCCUCUGCAGCCGGAUCUACUAAUGAUAAUGCAUUGGUUCGUUGCAAACCCUGAACACCAAAUAACGUGUAAAUCAACAUGAUUGGCUGGAAGCCUGUAACCUGUAACCGCCAUUGUCAUCAUUUAAUCCUCUGUUCCGCCAUUAGUUCUAUUUUCAGCAGUCAGUCUUGGCACUUGUUAGUGCGAAGUUCAUUGAUUUGAUGCCUAUUCAAAAGUGCUCUGUUACAUUAAACCAAAGUACUUUUUCUUGGGCUGUUUGGCCGGGGUUUGUGGUCCA